GAUAUGCGGCUACCUUUCAUUUCACACUAAGAUGUAAGACAAGGCAUUAACUGAAAAAUGAUAUUAUGAUUUCUAUUAUUACCAUAGUAUAAGAGGUAGCAUGAUAACUUAUGAAAGUGUCUAGUUUGGCCCUUUUCUCUCUAAAAAUCCCAUUUGUGUAGAUUAUAUCACAGUAAAACAAAGGCUCAGAAAUAAGGGAAACCUGACCAACAUAAUUUAAACAGAAUACUGUGAGUGCAAAGACUUUUUUCAGCAUGAAGGACCUUCCUGCAGAAAACAUUUCAUUCACAGACUUCAAAAUGAUUGGUUUCUACAGCCUAAGAGAAUGGAGGCCUUUUUUAUUUAUCCCUUUCUUCCUGAUGUUUUUAUUGGCUAUCACAGCAAAUUCUAUUCUCAUAUAUUUAAUAACCACUCAAAAAUCUCUGCAUUCUCCAAUGUAUGUACUAAUUGGUCUUAUGGCAGUUGUAGACUUGAUAUUGCCUAUAUUUUUUGUACCUAACAUGCUUCUUAACUUUUUGUUGAAUUGGAGUGGGAUAUCUUUAACAGGUUGUUUGAUACAAAUGUUUUGCAUUCAUUUUGUUGCAACAUUUCAGUCCACUUUGCUUUUGUGGAUGGCACUGGAUCGUUACUUUGCAAUAUGCAAACCUCUUAAUUAUCACAAAUACAUGGAAAUCCCUAACUUUCUAAAGUAUGUUGUUAUACCAUUAAUCAGAAAUGUAUUCCUGGUGGUCACCAUAGUCUCUCUGGCUGGAAAACUGUCAUUUUGUUUAACAAAUGUGAUCGAUCACUGUUUUUGUGAGCACAUGGCAUUAGUUCAGUUAGCAUGUGGUGAUAUAUCUGUUAAUAAUAUUGUAGGACUUUUGUCUGCUUUCCUUAUAGCAACUGCAGAUUUUAUUCUUAUCAAUGUUUCUUACAUUCUGAUUUUUACCUCUGUGUUCAAAUCUGGCAAAACUAACAUGAAGGCCUUAAACACCUGCAUUACUCACAUCAUUGUUAUGUCAUUUACUUUGACUUUUGCCUUGAUUGCAUUUUUGUCAUACAGAAUAAGAAAUAAUUUUUCUCCCAGUAGUCGUGUAUUUGUAAGCACAAUGUACUUACUUUUUCCAAGUUGUUUUAACCCAAUUAUUUAUGGAGUGAGAACAAAAGAAAUAAGAGAAACAUUUCUAAAAUUUAUAAAAAAGUGAAAAGGGUUUAGCCAUGUAAUGAAUAAAAUAAAUAUUGGUUGUUACUCUCAACAUGGUAGUACACUGGAGAGGCAGAUACUGUUUUGAUAAAAUAAUAAUGAAAAAAAGCCUAUUAUGUGGAGAAAACAUAUCUAACUCUAGAUAAAUUUCCAGAGCAAGAUUUGUGAUUGGGGUAAACAAACAGGUCACAAAUUCAUUUUUUUUUUAUUUUGUUGCACUUAUAUUCAAAACAGUCAUAGCAUUUCUAGAUAGAUAUAUAGAUGGACUCUAAAAGUCAACAAUAAGCUACAUAUGAGCAUCAAUAACUCUGAUAAAUGCUGAUAAAAUUCACAGAACCAUUUUGACCCAGACAGUGAAAGCCUCUUCAGUGGCAUUUCUAGGUUUUAAGGGGCUGAUGGGGGAUAGGCGGAUAUCAUGAAAUUCAAAUAUGUCAUUUCAUCCAUUCAGCCAAUUACCAGUUGAAUAAAAUGUCCAUUUACUUUCAUUGUACAUUUAUUUUGUAGUUUGACUUACAGUUACGCGUUUACAUCCUUCCACCCCCACAUCCAGAUACACUCACUCACUCACUCACACACACACAUACACACACUAUAUUGCCAAAAGUAUUG